GUGGGCUCGUCCCCGGAGUAGCCGCCGGCGCCCCGCCCCGGGUGGCGUUCUCGGCGCGCGUGGCCGCGCCGGCCUGUCCUCGCGCUUAGGCUCGCGCGCCGCUCGGGGUGGCAGGUUCGGGGCCCAAGGGCGAUGCCUGGAGACCCGGCGGGUCGUGAGGUCUCCAGACCCGGAGGCAGCUGGUUUCAUCACCCGGGUCGCGGAGUAGGCAGGUGGUAAUGAGUCUUUAGAAGGGAGGCUGAAGCAGCAGCAGCGACGGAGAAGGCCCGCGUUUCCCUGCCUGCUGGAGGGGGCGUGGGGCGGUCCAGCGUCACAGCCGUUAGGACUGACUUGGCCAGGCGUCCGGGAGGAUGUUUUGGACCCAGUUUCUAGGACCCAACGUUCAAGGACCAGUGAGUUUCCCAGAAGGGUUCAGGUACUGCCAAGAUGAAGAGCUGUGUUUCGCGCACAGCGGCAGCGUGGGCAGUAGCAGGGUAUCGUGCGUGGGGAAGAGCACUCUCGGAGGGAACGCGGCCCACCGCCCUCGGGGCUGCUUCAUCCGGGAGGUGCCGCGGCCGGAGUCCGAGGAGGGACGGUCUUCUCUUGAGAAGAAAACCGCAGAACGGAAUGAUAGUGAUCGUUCGAUGUCUGCACGGUGCCAUUUUCAUUCAGCCAAAUUCAGUGUUCACAAGUUUUACUACGUUAAGAAAAUGUGGCCGUAACUUACGACUAGGCACUUCCAGCAGGAACCUUCUAGGAGUCCUUUUCUCACUUUCUACCUGAUGGCAGUGGGAACAGCUAUGCUGGGCAAAGAAAAGGGACUGCCGCAACGGUGGGUUAGAGCUUCCUGAUCACAGCAGAGUCAGGCUCAGGCGUACCUCACUUGGAAGAGGAACUGUCGAACACAGAUGCAAAGCACCCUUUUUUGGCUUCUUUCCAAUCCCCCAGCUCACUAAAUCCUUGACCUGGAAGAAUAAAAUCACAAUAAGUUUAAGCUCUUCCUAGCUCCCUUUAUCUGGGCCUAAUGGACAUAUUUCAGUUGAUUAAGAGGUUUCCUCUUACUCGACCCAGUCUUUGUAAAAAAUGGGAGGCAGCUGUCAGAAGGAAAAACUUUAAGCCCACCAAGUACAGCAGCAUUUGCUCAGAACACUUUACUCCGGACUGCUUUAAGAGGGAGUGCAACAACAAGUUACUGAAAGAGGAUGCUGUCCCCACAAUAUUUCUUUGUACUGAACCACAUGACAAGAAGGAAGAUCUUCCAGAGCCCCAAGAACAGCUUCCCCGACCUCCUUCAACACCCCCGGUUUCCCAGGUUGAUGCUGCUAUCGGGUUACUCAUGCCUCCUCUUCAGACCCCUGAUAACCUCUCCGUUUUCUGUGACCACAACUACACUGUGGAGGACACCAUGCACCAGAGGAAGAGGAUUCAUCAGCUCGAACAGCAAGUAGAGAAGCUCAGAAAGAAGCUCAAGACCGCACAGCAGCGGUGCAGAAGACAGGAGCGGCAGCUGGAGAAGCUAAAGGAGGUCGUGCACUUCCAGAAGGAGAAAGACGACGUCUCCGAGAGGGGUUAUGUGAUUCUACCAAAUGACUAUUUUGAAAUAGUUGAAGUCCCAGCAUGAAGAGUGAAAUUUGUGUUGGUGUUCAGUGGGGCAAUACCACCUACCCUCUUCUAGCCUGUAGAGGAGUUUCAUUUGAAAAAAACUACACUUGGUCACUUGUAUAAAAACAAUUCAGAAUAUUUUUUUAAAAGAAUAAAUUAGAUAUAUACUGUAAAAUUGUAAAUGUUUUGUUUGUAAUUUCAGGGUUUUUACAUUUUAACAAAAUAUUUUAAAAGUUAUAAACUAACUUCAUUGUAAGUUGGUUUCAAGAUUGGGGAUUUUUGUUUCUUAAUUUGAAUAUUUAUAGAAAUGAUAUGAAAAUAAAAAGUAAAGAGAAUGAUAACAGUGCAGUAAGGAUGAUUUAAGUUUAAAGUUUAAAAUUUUAAAUGAACACUUUAUUCAUUUAGAGAGAGAGAACUUAGUCACAUUUUAAAUCAGAAGCAUGGGACAAUAACUUCUCAGAAAAUAUAUAUAUAUAUAUAUAUAUAUAUAUAUAUAUAUUCUUAUUCACAUAUUCUUAUUUGUAAAGUCAGCAGAUUCAUUUAUCUUUCUUAAUCAUUUAUCAAAGAUAAAUUGGCAAGUCAAUACUUAAAAAAAAAAGAUUGGUUGUCUUUAGAGCAGAAAAUGAGUCAUUCCAUACCUAACCAAAAUGGUUAAAAGACUUUAAAGAAUGGAUUUUUAAAAAGUGGACCCUUCUUUUCCCCCCACUGUCUGGCAUUCUAGAAUUAGAAGUGUGUCUCCACUGCAAGAUACACUCUCCAGUAAGCAAAGUAGGCAUUGUUAUCAGUGAGGUAAUGACCAAUGACCAAUGGGGGCUGAUCCACGGCUUGCCUUUUUCUCUCACUGCGCCGAGCUAAGGGACAUCCAGUCCCCAACUGUAGGUGUACCUGCAUCCAGAUCUCUGCCAGAUGUGUUGUGUGGGUAGAGUUUGACUUGUUCCAUAAGGUAAAAAUCUUGCACUUGACUAAUUGAUUUUGGUCAAGCCUUCACAUAAAAAACGAUUUCUUCACUUUUACCACAAGUUAGAAAUUACAUCCCAUUUACCUUAAGGAGUGAUUUGCAUUCGAAAGCAUCCUGAUAGGUAAUGUUUAUUUUACUUAAUGCCGAGACUCAAAUACUGAGGUUUCUGUUCAAACUGUGAGUUGUGUCCUGACUUUGUGAGAAAGUUUACAUAUAUUUGAAAUGAAAACAGUUCUGAGUAAACAAGUACUGCUGUAGGAAUUACCUACUGAGAUUUAGAGUAACUGCUCCAACUGUAAUUAUUUCAUAUUUCAAAGUGCUGCACAGACCUUUGAAGGCUGUAUUAAAGAUACUCAGUGAUGAUGUCCAAGAGUGUCUUUUGUAGACCUGAUUUUCAGUGUAAUUCACUGCCAUGCCACUACUUUGAUUCAUGGAGAUUCGAUUUUUUAUGAACCAGUAUUUCAAAAAUAGAAAAUUAUGAUUACUUGAAAUUAUGUCGUCUAAUAACACUUAGAACUAACUCUAAGGAAUCAGGAUUUUUUUCUAGUUAUUCGUGAGUCUCAUAACUGUUUUUAGAAGCCACAAAAUCUCUAAGUAGUUGUUUUUACAUUUCAUCUCUCUUAACGAUUCCUGGAGAAUAUGUGGGUAAAUAUUUUGCAAAGUGUAUAUCUUAAAUCUAAAUUG